AUGGCAGGCAAGACGUACCGCAUCGCCAAACGAUCCGAUCUGUUCGCCACGGACGACUGGAGCUGCGUGGCUUUGAGACUCUUCAAGCAUCAGUACGUCGUCUUUCCCGACCACGCGCCUCAAAUGGGCACUUUCAUCGAGCAGAUCGGUCACGUCAAUUGCGAGGCCGCGCUCACCAUGACCACCGAGGUCUGUCGAGCCGUCACAGCAUCGCUUCCUCCUGGCACUACGGAGCUCGCUCUUACGGCCGACGACAGAGUUCAGGUGGUCGAGAGCAUGAUCAGUCUUGGCACUUCUAGAAAGGCGCAAGGCGCGUGCUUCAUUCGCUCGGAAGGGAGAUUGAUCGUCUGGACUGACCGCGUCGAAGAUCUCGUCGAGCACGCAAAUACUCUCGAGGCCAAGAUGGUCAACUUUGUCUGGCGAAAGGCUGGCGCCAACAGAUUUGGCACUACAACACCCGCACCUGGGGAUGCGUCUCCAAGUGAAAUCUUUGAGCGCGUCUCUACGCCUGCCCCACCGGUGCCCUCGAUGCAAAAGGCUAAUCCCGCACGGCCCUCGCCGCUGUGGCGCGGUUCGAGCGGUGCUCUAGGCUUCAACCCGUUCCGCUCCUCUCGCAGUCUCGCUUCAGUGGCUACGCCCGCUGAAAGCAUCGCAGACGAAAAGCGUCCCACGGACAGCACCACAUCGCUAGAGCCCGUGCACCAGCCAGGUGUACUGGAGUCGGGGCGCAGCCAAGUCCUCCUUGCGCCAUUCUACACGGGUUGCGCUGUUGCGCUCAACUUCUUGAUGAUCUCUUUGCUCCUGCGCAACACGCUAGUGACCUGCCUCUUGGACGGCUCGUGGAUGCGCAUGGUAUUCGUAGUCCUUGCGGUGCCAGCAUACUUUUUAGUCUCAAUGUUCUUUUCCGACACCAUCGUCAACGUCGUCGCACACAUCAUCAUGCCGGUUUCGCAACUGCACAGCAACGGACUGUACUAUAGCGGAAAACCACCGCGUCGGAUCACGGGCACCGUUCUUCCCCACGUGACUGUCCAGAUGCCGGUCUACAAAGAAGGAUUGGAGUCCGUCUUGAUGCCCACCAUCGAAUCCUUGAAGAAAGCCGUCGCAACGUACGAGCUUCAAGGCGGCACUGCCAACAUUCUGGUCAGCGAGGAUGGGAUGCAGCUUUUCGACGCUGUAGAGCAAGACAUUCGCCGCGACUACUACGACAGGAACAACAUUGGCUGGGUGGCACGUCCAAAGCACAAUUCCGACGGUUUCAUCCGCAAGGGACGCUUCAAAAAGGCUUCCAAUCUCAACUUUACCUGCUCGCUCUCCAUGCGCGUCGAGGAGAUACUGGACGGGAUGCGGCCCGAAGCUCAGGCUCGUAAACCUGCAAAUACAUUCUGGAACGCCGAGGAUGAGAAUGAGCUCUACCAAAUUGCGCUGGAACAAGCCAUCGAGGAAGGCGGAAACCGCGCGUGGGCUAGCGGUGACAUUCGCAUCGGUGACUACAUUCUGAUCAUCGAUUCGGACACGCGCGUUCCCGAAGACUGCUUCCUCGACAGCGUUUCCGAGAUGGAGCAGUCUCCCGAGGUCGGCGUGCUGCAACACUGCAGCGGAGUCAUGUACGUCGCAAACAACUACUUUGAAGCUUUCAUUGGACACUUUACCAAAAUGGUCAACUACUCGAUCUCUUGGAUCGUUGCCAACGGAUCCAUUGCUCCUUUUGUCGGACACAAUGCGUUCAUGCGCUGGUCAGCCGUUCAAGAGUGCUCUUUCAUCGACGAAGAAGGCGACCGCUGCAUCUGGGCUUGGAACAUGGUCUCUGAAGAUUUCGACAUGUCUUUGCGACUCUCCAUCAAGGGCUACAUUGUGCGAUGGGCCACAUGGUCCAAAAACGACUUUCUUGAGGGUGUCUCGUUGACUCCGGACGACGAGGUCAAUCGCCUCCAGAAAUACGGCUGGGGGUGCUCCGAGAUCAUGUUGAAUCCUAUCAGCCAGUGGUGGAAAAAGGGACCCUUUGCCAAAAUGUUUCGCAAAUGGUUGUUCAGCGAUUUGGCACUCAGCGCCAAGAUGAGCGUUCUCAGCUACAUGUUCUCCUACUUUGCUAUCGCCAUAUCCCUUCCAGGUUCGGUCGGCAUAUUUGUGCUGCAAGGAUUCUUUUAUCCGGAGGUCGACCAUCUCUUCCUAACGUCAUUCCAGGUCUGGGUGGCCGUGGUCAUGGUGUAUAGCGUUGGAGGUACGCUUGGCCUCGUCGUCAGUCGCGCGCGGUCGAGGCAAGACACUAUUGCUCGGGCCAUCUACGACCACCUCAAAUGGAUGCCUAGCCUUGUGCUUUUCUUUACAGGCAUGAGCUACCACAUCUUGCUCGCGCUCCUAGCGCAUCCCGUCGGAUAUAACAUGAACUGGGCGGCAACGUUGAAAGACAUCGAGUCGUCCAACUUUUGGCGGGAACUGCCAUCCAUCUUGAAAAAGUAUUGGCACUGCUUGCUUUUGAAUGGUGCCAUCGUCGUUGGCAUUGUGGUGUGCACGACUCCAAUUCUCCCGAUGGAAUGGCGAGUAGAUGGCAUAUAUCUACUCUUCCCUCCUUUGAUGCUUGCGGUCGGCCACAUUCUUUAUCCAUUCCUACUCUCGCCGUACAUCAUGUCUUUCCAAUUUUGA